UAGAACGAAGUGGGCCGGAUUCGUCAUCGUCGGUGGUGUUGUUGUGUUGUUGCGCGGCGGGUUGGGGGAAUAAAACGAAAAAUGGACGUGGAAAGCCGACGGGAAGAGAUUUUCGCGUGUUCGGUAAAAGUGGCCAGCUCGGCUCGCCGUUCGGUCCGCCGUCCCCGAGCGAGCAGAAACGCGAAGCGCCGCCUCCAGGCUCGCUCGCCAAGCUGUUAACGGCGAAUGGCCAUUUUGUGCGUGACAGUUCUCCCCCGCGAGUAACGAUCCCGCGGCGCGUCCCAGCGCUCUUUUCCUUUAUCCCUUUACUUUCGUUUGACCGCUCGAGACACGUCCCAAGAAACCAUCCCGCUCGGUGCCGUCCCUCGCGGAUCGCGUUUCGAGGGCUGUCCGACGCAUACUUCGCAAUAUUCGUCGAUCCGCGGACCGAUAAACAGUGUCGUCCGAGGAAGUUGUUUUGUGCGAUGGUUCCGUGCGUUUCGAGACCGUUUGACAGCGGACCGUGUGGAAACUCGGCGGCCGCCUCGACGCCCGUGGACGCUCGGCCGGAGGGGAUGCUUCUACGUUAACGUUUCGAUCGGGCCGCCUUAAAUUAUUCCGUUUUCGUUCUGUCCCACGUGCUUCGUUAUUGUCCUGGUUCCCCGCGACUCGGCGUAUUAUUAGAACCAAGCGGUGUGUAACAAUGCGGCGACCAUUGUUGACUGCACGAACAUUUCCGUCUGCACGCGGGUAACUCGCGCUUCCGCGAAAUCGCCUGAUAGCGCGCUCGGCCGCUCUCGAGGGGAACACGAGACCGCUUGACGUCAGCAUACCGCGAUGUAAACGUGUGUUGUUCGAGCGUCCGUCAUCAUCGGGUCACUUACUAUCGCCGUGCGUCCACGCUUGGUGCACGUUCGUUUCCAUGCAGCUACCGACGUUACCCGUGUGAUAGAAUUAUUUUUAGUACAAAACGUGAGUCUGGUGGUCAGCGACAGGGUAAAUAAGUCGGGUAACAUCAAUUUUGAGAAACAUAAAUGGGGUUGCGCCAGUGGAGGCAGCGGGGGACCUCCCUCGCUGAGGAGUUUAGAAACUCCGACUCCAGUGCCAACUCCUCAAACGCCGUAUUUUAGUCCCGACUGCGCUCUGUCCAACUCGACAUCUCUGAGGGGUCAAACUACCCAAAGAUCCAAAUCGCGAGUGGAUGCAAUGUUGGAACGUGCUCUGAUACAGCCACAACAGUGUUCCGUGGAUCCACUUUAUAACGCCCAAAGCUGGGGAAUUCCUAUUUGGGCGAUCGAUAAACUUCAAGCUUGGCUCGAUAAAAUCUAUUUAUCCGUUAGGAAUAACGAUCAUCUGAAGCGAUCCAAGGAUUCUUGUCAACAGAGUUCAACUAAGGAUUUAAAGGUCAGGCAUCUUAAGGGACCUUAUAUCAAAUUCGAGGCCUUUCAGAGGAAUACGAGGCCAGUCUUUAUUGAACUGCCUGUCUGGCCAACAUUAAAUUUCUCCGGGGAAUCGGGCUCCUGUCCCUUCAACACGAAAAGACGCGACAAGCCGGAAAGAUUGCGGGCGGAAGUGAAAGAAAACAGAGAACGAAUUCAACCUAUCAAAGAAGAAGAGGAUAAAGAGAUGACUCGGCGACCACGGACCACUGGCACUCGUGCUCGCAGAACUGAACAGUUAGCUUCUGGUUAUUGUGAAAUUUGCCGUAUCAGUUACCGUGACCUUACGAAACAUGUGCAGAGCGAUCAACACCUCAGUUUCGUGCGGAACAAUGACAAUUUUUUGUCUUUGGACACUCUGAUUAAUGCAGGAGCCAACGUCGAAGCAUUUCUAAAAUUGAAUAGAACAAAAGAUAUAGAAAAAGACUGCAAUUUGUUUUCCAAUGGAGAUCGCAAUCUUCAUGACAUAGUACUGCCAGAGGGAAAAGUAAACAGAAACGCGAAAAGCCUGGGAGACUUCGAGGUCGAAGACAUAAAGAUGGUGCAGUGUAACGGUGCACGGAGGAAUCUCAAUUUAAGAUUAAGUUCACCCCACAAUUUACGUACUCGCGCGAAACACGAGAGCGGUCACCUGUUGAGGUCGAAGGGUAGCCCGUGGCACGAGGUCGAGAAGACGGAGAAGUUUUACGAUAAGUUCGAGGGUUACACGAUUAAGAAGCGAGCAAAAGGAACGAUCUGGAUAGAGGAGGACGAGCCGGAGGACGACUUGAUCCAAGAGCAGGUGUUGAACCAGUCGAAACCGAACGAAUACAAGAUAAAUACCUUCGCGCCGGAAUUAGAUGGGAAAUGCGAUAACGAGAAAGACUGCGGCGACGUGUGUAACGCUAAGCAGAACGAUUCUGACAAUCAGGAUCCGCACAGAACGAUAAAUUGUAAUAACGAACAGAACAAUAGUGCGAGCACGGAGUUGAUAAAACAGGAUCGAGAUCCUGUACAUUAUAGAAAUCACGAUCAAACAAACGGUAGUGUAAAAUGUAAUUAUAAUGAAAAUACUUUAAGUGUAAAUGAGAACAAUUGUAACAAUUCCUGCAGACUAUCUAGAACUGAAACGGUCAGAGGGUUGAACGGCAAGCUACAAGUAGACAAUGUCGCGUCGAGUGUGAGAAAGGUUACGGAAUUGUGCGACGGUGCCGACGCGGCGGGCACGGUCGUCGUCUGCAACGGUCACGUCGUGAAGGACGAGUUAAAGUCCAGCAAACCGUUGCAACACGAUGCGGACAAGAGCGACGUGAAAAUCGAGAAACCGAGAUAUCUCAAGCCCGGCCGUCGGGGGGGCAGAAGUUUCCGUGGCCGGCACCGGCUCUCCGUCGAGGAACGUUUGAUCGAAGACAAUCGUGCGUAUUACAAAGUGGAAGUGUUAGGAAGUAAAUUACGGUCAAGUAUAGUAUCGAACAAUAAUUCGCAGUGUACAGUGCCGAAGGAUGCCGACGACGAAGAGAAAAAGGAAGUGCCAUCUAGCGAAAAGCCGGUAGUGGUACGGUUCAAACGCGUCAGAAAGUCGGAGCUGUCGUUGCUCAGCGACGAGGCAGAGUCCUUUAUGUUCGGCGAGCCGAGGCGGGACGACUCGAGCGAGGCGAGCGACGAGGAGCAGAGCAGCGUGCUGCCCAGAGAGACGGACAGUGAGUACAACGACGCUCCGAGCUCCGUCUGUCCCAGUUCAUCCGUAGGCUGCGGCUCGCCGAUCAAAUCGGAGCCGGUCGAGGAGGACUCGCAGGACUCGUUGAGCCUGGGCCGGGCCAGGAAGAGGAGGCGGACGCAGGCCGAGGCGCUCAUCAAGGAUAACGAGGAUUACUACAAAUUCGAGACGCCCGGCAGCAGACUGAGGUAUCAGGCGCCACUGACCGGCAUCAAGGAUCCGUCGGCCGCCGGGGACCCGGCGAGACCGGAGGAGACCGCCGACAAAGUACAAGCAGCAGACGAGCAGGAGAGAGUAUAUCCGUCCAAACCCUCGCCGGAGGUCGAGAAGAUGCAGUUCUCGUUCGAGGCGGUGCCGAAGUCCGAGCCCUGGUAUCAGACGUACCAGCGGCAGGACGAGGGCGCCGAGUUCUGGCACUACUUCAGCGAGGGCGACUCGCAGAAGCCGUUUCUAUUGCCGUACGAGAUCGACAAUUUCCACGAGGUCCUAACGAAGAACCCGCACAGGAGCGACAGCAGGAGAAAGGGUCGCGGCAGGAGCGCCGGCUGCGUCGGCCGCUCGCCGAGGAAGAGCCCCCGCUGUCACGCGUCCACCUUGGCCAUCAUGUCCACGAUAAUCAGGAAGAGGGAGCAGCAGCAGCAGACGUCGCACCUGUACACGAUAGAGGAGUGCCAGUCGGUCGGCUCGCAGGCAUCCAGCACGCCGAGGUCGGAGCACAAGGUCGAGGUCAAGUCGGACCUGGACGAGGACCUCAAGGAGAUGGUGAAGACCAUCGACGAGAUGCUCAACGCGAACGACACCCUCGACCUCGAGGACUCCUUCGAGCCCUCCACCGCCCAGGUCGAGCUGAACCUCUACGAGCCGAGCAUCCCCAAGGGUCCGCCGCCGAACCUGCUCGAGCUGCUGGAGAACUGCCACGAGGUGGUCAACUGCCUGGAGAACUCGUCCUGCGCCAGCUCCGAGUGCGGCGAGGGCACCGUCGAGUCGCCCUCGAAGCGGCGGAAAAAGCGGAAGAACCGGACCGGCUGGCCUGGCAUCAAGAUGAAGAAGAAGCUCCAGGCGAAGCACUCGGUCGACGCGGACGAGAACCUGUCCAGGAAGAACGUGGAGCGGAGCGAGACCAGCCGCGACGCGCAGGACAACGCCCUAGACAGACUGGUCGAGGAAGCGACCAGGAUAUCCACUGCGGUCGUCGCCACCGGCAUGUCGCACGACGAGUCGGUGACGCUCGCCCGUCGCGACGACGACGGCUACCUGUGCAAGGUGUACACCUCCGGCGCCUCGUGCAACGCCUGCCACGACGAGGACGAGGCGAAGAGGAAGGAGGCGCGCGCGGAGUCCCCGGGCAACUCGGCUCCGCUCGCGACCGAGCCCUGCGCGGAGCCGUUCGCCGGCGACGCGUGCGAGGCGGAGAGGAGCUUCCUGCUGGCCAAGGACUACGCGUUCAAGAAGGACCUGUCGGGCAUCGAGGAGAUCUCGGAGAACGACCCCGGCAACGACGAGAACCACGUGUUCGGCAAGGACGUGAACUCGCUGACGGAGCGGCGCUUCGUGUCGAAGGCGUCCCUGAAGAAGCGCCACCAGCGCGACAGCGCGGCCCCGGAGAGCUGCGAGUCGCGCGCCGAGCUGGAGAACCACGAGAACCUGUGCAGGAAGGAGACCGAGGCCGGCAUCGUCGCCAGGAACCGCCACAGCCCGAACGGGCUGUCCAGGAAGCGGCAGCCGAAGAUCCAUCCGGAGAACCCCGACUCGGAGAUGGAGCACGGUAACAAUGUAUAUAAGAGCAAGGUCGGCAAGGUCGCCGCGAAGAGGCGGAUCUACUCGAGGAAGCGCGCGAAGAGGAACAACAUGUCUUCCGACACGGUGUUCGAGGAGAACGAGAACUGCAAGGACGACUCCUAUUUAAGUAUUACCUGUAAAAAGCAACAGACCCUGCGGGGCGUGAAGAGGCGGGCGGACGCCGUGUCCUCGGAGACGCAGAACUCCGAGGUCGACUGCGGCCUGUCGGGUCGCGUCAGCCCGACGAUCAUGCCGACCUCGGAGCUCGAGCAGAGGCGGUCGAGCAUAGAGUUUCAGCCGGUCGUGCGGAUGAUGAAGAUCGACGAGCAGGUGGACAUGGACCAUAGUAUUCUGUCGGUGACGAUCGCGAGCAACAGACGGCUGAGAAGCUCCAGUUCGCCGCGGUCGAACGUUCAGCCGCCGAAGAAACGCUUGAAAACCGGUCGCGGCCAGUUCGGUAGGUGGCUGAAGAGCAGCUGAAAUCCUCGAUGAAAGAGUUACGUCGCCGCCGCCAUUGCUGCCGCCAUCGCCGCCGCUGCUGUUGUUGUAUACGUAUGAAUUUCAAGACCGAGCCACACACACAUUUUCCACGGACGUCUCGCUCUUGAAAUUUCUACACCGUACAACCCCUCGCGACUACUGUACAUUAUGUAUAAAACAUUAUUUGUGUAUGUAGAGAAUAGUAUUUAACGCUAUUGGCACCCAUCGAUAGGAUUUUAUUAAUAUACAUGAUAGUGUCUUUUUCCGGUAUUGGUUCGAUCUGGGACCGUGUACAUUCUCUUUGAGUACUAUAUUGCAGCCUUUGCGUUCGUAAACAUGAAAUUCGCCGUUUGUAUGGAUCUUAUUGUGUUCACCAAAAGACUUGGCAUUAUUUUUUUUGCUUCGCUCGGUAAUACGCGUGGGAGAUACCUUAAUUGCAUACAAAGGAGAUGAUUGUUUUUUCUUUCUCUUUUUUUUCCUUUUUUUUCACUCCAUUCGCAGUGGACAGUCCCGGAAUCACGCGAAGCUGCAUAAGGAAGCUUUAUCGUAGCGUGUACUGAUCAUGUUCUGUUACAAAACGCAUCAUUGUACGUAAACAUUAAAUAUUAAAUCCCCUCGCGGAGGGUCCA